AUGAAAAUGAAGAUAAUUAUAUAUAUUUGCAUUUGGGCAGCUGCAUGGGCCAUUCCACUUCCUCAAAUCAUACCAUUGGAAAAACACGUUGUUGAAAAAUCCGUGAAUGUAUCAGGAACUCCAGCACAGAAUGAGUUACAUAUCAAUAACACCACUAAAGACAGCAGUGACCCCCCUAAUGACAGUGAACUAGGAAGACAAGUGUAUACCAAAGACACUUACAGAAGAGAAGGGAAUGGUUCUGAGUCAACAGACAUAGGAGGGACAAAUUCUUCUACACAGACCAGUUUAGCAAAUGAACCGGGAAACAUUGCAUAUGAAAAUGAAGACAUAGAAACAUAUGGUCAGGAUGAGAUACAUGCAAAAGGAGAGAAUAGCACAGCCAAUGACAUCAGGGGCCAAGCAAGCAUCACUGAAAAUGUGGGAGAAGCAAAGGAGAGUAGUAUAAACGGGCAUGCCGAUCAGGGUAAAAAAAUCGGGGGUGCUGGUGAUGCGAGUCAGGAUGGAGAUCCCACCACUGUCCAGGGAAACGGACCUCAAGAAGUCAGCAGCAGGAAUAGUACAAACCAUAAUGUUGGAACACAUGCGGAUGGGGUUGCUAUGGACGAAACCACGCCUCAGAGAGAAGGGGAGGGAGGUGGGAGCAAGGGGGUUGAGGUAACAGCAAACACUGAGGGAGAGGCUGGUUUGGAUAAUACUGAUGGGAGUCCCAGUGGGAACGGGGAGAACGGGGAUGAGGACAUGGGCUCUGGUGAUGAUGAGGCUACAGAAGCAGGAGAUAAAAAGGGAGGCCAUGAUGACAGUGAGGGCCAGGGGGAGCAGUCUCAUCAGGGAAAAGGUGACAGCAGAGGUCAGAGUUCAGUGAGUGGGGAAGAUGGUGACUCUAAAGAGAAAGAAGGCUCCCCAAACGGAUGUGGAGCAGACGGCCCUGCUAGCAGCGAGGAGAACAAGAACAUUGAAGAAGGCAAUGGCAGCCAAGCAUUGCAGGAAAACCAGAAGCUCAGUCACAAAGGCAACAGAGAUCCAGAAGGUGGAAUCACCUGCCAGUCAGAAACAUGUGCUCUGGGGAACAGCCAAGACCAGGGAGCAGAAACUGAAGGUCCCAGCACAGGCAACAAAAGUAACAUCACCAAAGAAUCUGGGAAACUCAGGGACAAUAAAGGCAACAAUGGACACCAGGGAAUGGAGGAGGACAAGAGGACUAGCCCAAAGCAAGGGCAGUCUGGCCAGCCUCAAGGGCCUGCUGGGAAGUCAGACGCCCACAACAAGAUGGGGCACAGCAAGAUAGGUAGUGGCAGCAACAGCAAUGUGCACGACAGCUAUGAUUUUGAUGAUGAGUCCAUGCAAGGAGACGAUCCCAACAGCAGCAACGAGUCUAACGGAAGUGACGGUGCUGACUCGGAGAGCGAGAACGAGAGUGGCGGCCACGGAGAUGCUUCUCAUGACUCUGAGGACUCAAGUGAUAGGGGCAAUGGCAGUGACUCAAAUGGGGAUGAUGACAGGAGUGACGAUACAUCUGAUGCUGAUGAUGGUGAUAGUGACAGUGAAGGCAACAGUGAGAGCAAUGACGAGGAUGAGUCAGAGAGCAGUGACCAUGACAACGGCAGUGACAGUGAGAGCAAAUCAGGCAGCAGUGGCAGCAGCAGUGACAGCAGUGACAGCAGCAGUGACAGCAGCAGUGACAGCAGCAGUGACAGCAGCAGUGACAGCAGUGACAGCAGCAGUGACAGCAGUGACAGCAGCAGUGACAGCAGCAGUGGCAGCAGUGACAGCAGCAGUGACAGCAGUGACAGCAGUGACAGCAGCAGUGACAGCAGUGACAGCAGUGACAGCAGCAGUGACAGCAGCAGUGACAGCAGUGACAGCAGUGACAGCAGCAGCGACAGCAGCGACAGCAGUGACAGCAGUGACAGCAGCAGCGACAGCAGUGACAGCAGCAGCGACAGCAGUGACAGCAGUGACAGCAGUGACAGCAGCAGUGACAGCAGUGACAACAGUGACAGCAGUGACAGCAGUGACAGCAGCAGUGACAGCAGUGACAGCAGCAGUGACAGCAGUGACAGCAGUGACAGCAGUGACAGCAGCAGUGACAGCAGCAGUGACAGCAGUGACAGCAGCAGUGACAGCAGUGACAGCAGUGACAGCAGUGACAGCAGCAGUGACAGCAGUGACAGCAGUGACAGCAGCAGUGACAGCAGUGACAGCAGCAGCGACAGCAGUGACAGCAGUGACAGCAGCAGCGACAGCAGUGACAGCAGCAGCGACAGCAGUGACGACAGCAGUGACAGCAGCAGUGACAGCAGUGACAGCAGUGACAGCAGCAGUGACAGCAGUGACAGCAGCAGUGACAGCAGUGACAGCAGUGACAGCAGCAGUGACAGCAGUGACAGCAGCAGUGACAGCAGUGACAGCAGCAGUGACAGCAGUGACAGCAGUGACAGCAGCAGCGACAGCAGCGACAGCAGUGACAGCAGUGACAGCAGCACUGACAGCAGUGACAGCAGCAGCGACAGCAGUGACAGCAGUGACAGCAGCAGCGACAGCAGUGACAGCAGUGACAGCAGUGAGAGCAGUGACAGCAGCAGUGACAGCAGUGACAGCAGUGACAGCAGCAGUGACAGCAGUGACAGCAGCAGCGACAGCAGUGACAGCAGCAGUGACAGCAGUGACAACAGUGACAGCAGUGAUAGCAGCACUGACAGCAGUGACAGCAGCAGCGACAGCAGUGACAGCAGCAGUGACAGCAGUGACAGCAGUGACAGCAGCAGUGACAGCAGCGACAGCAGCAAGAGCAGCAACGGCAGUGACAGCCAGGAUAGCACAUCUGACAGCAGUGAUGAUAGUGAUAACAAGGCUGGCAAUGGUCACAAUGAAAGUGACAGUGACAGUGAAGGCAGUGACAGCAACCAUUCAACCAGCGAUGAUUAG